GAUUUAUUGAAAGACCAAGAAAAGAACAAUUUUACUCACAAAGGAGCCCAAGCAACUUGGAAUAAUAUUAAACUAUACGAUAGUUAUAAAGUUUUCCGGGUUGGCUUAGAUAAAUUGCCAAUGACCGAAAAGCAAAGAGAAACUAAGGCAGGUAAAGAUUUUGAUAAUAAAAGGGAAUUUUGGCAUAAAAACUUUCACGGGGCGAUUAGUGAUGUUUUUGGUCGCCAAGAAAUCAAAGAAGAGGAAAACAUUGACAUCUAUUCAUUUGAUAAAAACAUGUUUAAUGUUAAAGAAGAGGACAUAAAGGAUGGAAGUGACGGAACUCUUGGAGCUUAUAAAGUUAGAUUUAGAUAUUUGAUAGAUAAAAAAAUAGCAGUAGUUUUGGGUUGGUGUAAUUUAGAAAUGUUAAAGAAAAUUAGAAAAUAUAGCGAUUGCUUGUUGAAUUCUGAUACCGACAGCUUAAAAUUAACUAAAUUCCCCCAUGAUUUAGAUAUUGGUGCGAGACUAG